ACGGACAAAAAUUACCUGAUGUUUAAGCUUCAAAAUCGCCAAUGAAGGGUGGGGAAGAAGAGUUCCUCACGCGGAGAGAGGAGAGAGGAGAUGAACAUGAAGACAUGUGGGCCAAGGGAAAUCUGAUUGGUUAAGGUUGUUUGUGGAUCCCAUUUGGUUGUUGUGUUUGGUUGGGUGUAUUUAAUUAAAAAAUUAAAUGAAUUAAUGAGGUGGAGAAGAAAUAUAUUAAAGAAAAAAAGGUUAGUAUAGGGAAUUCAAAGACAAAUGGGUAAUAGGAAUAGAGAGGGGAUAAGAAGAAUGAAUUUUUCUCCAUAAGGGCAUUUGGAGUUAAACUACUAUAAUGUGUCUUAGCUAUUAUGUUUUAUUUUAACGUACUAAAAAAAUAUAUUUUGUCAUGAUAUGAACACUACAAGAAAUAUGGUUAUUGGUAGCAGUUCACGGUAGCACGAAUUCUCAAACUGCUACCAAAAAUGGUGUAAUCCGAUACCCAUCUUUUUCAUAGCGUUAGUUCCUCGCUAGAGAUAAAUUUAAUCCGGGAAAAAAAUUAAUAAAAAAUACAGUAAAACAGAGUAAAGUGGUGUCGCGAUGCAAAAGACUUGGGUUUAGUUUUAACCUUUUCCGCCUCUCCUUCACUCUUCACAUAGAAACCAUCGAAGAAAAAAAAAUGAUUGGGAAGCCCAAUCUCUCCGAUUUUUGAUCGAUCUUCGUGUCUGAACGGUGUUGUUUUCGCCGGCGGUCAGAUUCCCGGUGAACCCAUAUUCGAUUUUGUCUGUAAUUCCUUUGAUUUAUCUGAUUUCUCAGAUGAAUUCCUUUGAUUUGUUUCAGCUUUUACAAUUUCGAUUUCACCGAAGAUUAGGAGGAGAGAAGUCAGGUUACAGAAUCACGAGAAGUCAGGUGGUAAUCAAUUCCGUUUUGCAUUUGAUAUCGUCAUGGGCGAACACGAUUGUUCCUUUCUCGACUGAAGCUUUGAGUGUUCCUUUCACUUCUCUUUUGCUUUGCAGGUUUUAGGUUUUGAUUGUUCCUUUCUCGAGUGAAGCUAGUGGAGUUGAAAUCCGAAGGAUCUUAUUGAUCAGGUGAACUAAGAUGGGGAAUCGGAAGAACAAGCGUGUGAAGAAGCAAAGGACAGAUGUAGAAACGGAGGUUGCGGAAGAUCAAUUCCUCGAAAAUAUAACAAACAGAGAAGUCUCAGAUGAAAUGGAGGCAGAAGAACAUAAUCAAAUGAGGACAGAGGAGAAUGAAAUGGAGGAAGAAGCAGAGGGCUUGGGGGAGGAUAAACAGAAUGAAAUGGAGGAAGAAGCAGAAGCUGUUGAUGCAGCUGAUGAUGUGCAUACUCAGACUGACACAGCUACUACAUCACAGCGUAAAAGACGCCGAGGACCUACAAAGAUGAAACACAUUGCCAAGGAUCCAACUGAAAGGCAACAUGUCGACUUCACAGAUAUGGGGGAUCCUUGUGGUCCAGGUUCUGUACUGUUAUCCUCCUACUUGGGUCCCUUAGUUCGUGAACAUGUUCCGGUGAUCAUUGAUAACUGGAGACAAGCCAGUGAAGAAAUCAAGACUGUGCUCUGGAAAUCUAUUGAGGUAAUAAGAAAAAAAUUUACAUUUAACUACGAUCCAUUUUACUUGUAUUUGAAUGUGUCUCAUUGCUGACUACAGAUGAGGUUUGACAUGGACGAAGACUUUAAAAAGGAUGCUGUGUUUAAGCAGAUGGGAUGUUUGUGGAGAGCAUCCAAAUCACGUCUGGUAACAUCUGUUAGGAAAGCUCCAACCAUUAAAGCUAGGAUGAGCAUGCAACCGAACAAUGUUUCUACAGCUGAAUGGCGUAAAUUUGUCAAAGAGAAGACCAGUCAGGCCUUUAAGGUUGUCAGCGACUCUUACAAAGAAAGAAGACAAAAUCAGAUUCCUCACACCUGCAGCCGUAAGGGAAUGGUGAGGCUGAGAGAAGAUUUGGUAAAGUCAAGCGAAGAUCCAUCAAAAGUGUCGAGGCUCCGAGUUUGGGUGAAAUCACGAACAAAGAAGGAUGGUACUCCUGUCAAUGUUAAUGCAGCUGAAAAGAUUGUAAGUUUUCAUAUUGAUUUUAAGAAGUUGGAUCUGCUGGUUGCUGCUUUGUGAUUAUUGAAAUUUUAAUGUGUUUCCAAAGAAAGGCAUCAGAGAUCGAACUUGAGGGUCAUGCCGAUUCAACGACAACGAAUCCAAAGAACGAUAUGCUAUCUCAGAUACUGGGACCUGAUCAACCUGGACGGUUGCGAGCGAUGGGCAGAGGCAUUAGCAUGACCAAAUUGAAUUGUUUACAGGUUAAGGACAACUAUAUCGCUGCAAUGGAACAAAAACAGGUCUCUCUGCAGGAACAAGUUAAUGAUUUACAGAAGACCCUUCGCCGAAUGAAUAAUCAGGGUCCUGCAACUGAUGUCAGUGAAAACUCCUAUAACAAGGUAUGAAUUUAAUUAAUCUGGCUUACUCUAUCUAUAUAAUUGUAUAGUUGCAUUUCAUUGACAUUGCUUGUACUUCAUGUAGAGUGUAAAUAAUACCAGAUCACUUCCCAAGUGUUAUCUGGUUGACUGGGCUUCUGUCGAUGAGAAAGUUGCUGAGGGACGGGUCGUUUCAGCUGAAGCUGAUGAGUUAGUUAAUGGGAUUCCUUUAGGGCCUCACGCUGUGAAGGUUUUGGUUGAAACUGCAAUAAAA